AUGAAUGGAAAGAUGUUAUCAAAUAUUUCAUUUAAAACUCUGACAUUUAUUCUUUUUAUUUGGAUAUAUACUUUUAUUAACAAUGAGUGUACCGUAGAUAAAUCUUUAAAUAAUAGAAGCAUUGUGGAUAGCAUAUUAGAUUCAAGAAAGGAGAGAUUAUUAUUUGAGAAUGAGAAGAAGCCAGAAAAUAUAGGAAUAAAAGUUAGGUUUUACGAUAAUGAAAACGAAAAUUUAGAAAAUGAAGCCGACAAUUAUGAAUCAGAAAAAUUUGAUAAUGUUCCAUCAGGAAAUAAUGGAACGGGUGACACGGAAAAUGAAUACUACUUUGGUGAAUCAGAAUAUGAUGAUAAAGGAGAACCUACGGAUAAAACUAAUACAAAAGUGUCAUUUAUGGAAUUCUUUAACAAAUGUACAACCUUUUUAAGUACACUUUUUUCAGCGAUAAACAAUUUCUUUGAAAAAGUAAUAUACUGGGCAGCUAGUAAUAUAUAUAAAUACAUGAAUAGUACCGAUCCUUCUGAAAGAAAAGCUUUAAUAUAUGCAGCAGUUCAGAAUAGCAUUUUAACUCUUGCUCUACCACUAGUAUUUUUCGUAUCAGCAAUACCAUUUAUUUUUGUAACAUUUAUUUUUGCACAGUUUUUGUCAGUUGGAGCAACCAUAUGUUUUAAAUUAUUUUGCGCUAUUAGUUAUAUUGGAGGUAUAAUUGCAUUAUUGCUACCUCUUAUAAUUGGUUUAUUAAUGGUUGUUUAUAUACCCAUAAAUUACUUUAAAUAUUUAAUUGGUUAUGGAGAAAAAGAAGAUAAAACCGAGUUGUAG